GACGCCCGAACGGCCGACGACGUCGUCGAUAUGUUCACGUUGUGCAUGUCGCGUAGUCACCCUCCUUUGGCCGACGCGCAACAUCAAAGCAGAAUUGGUAACAAGCAAGUAAAGGGAGGCUAUCUCCUGCGAUAUAGACGCGGGUUCUUCUGUCCGAAAUGGUGCGAGGAAUGGGUGGUGCUCUACGAGGAUUCCACGCUGGCCUGGUACUCGGAUAAAGGCCUCAAUAGACCUAAAGGGUGUGUGCAAAUCAGCGAGGCGCCUGAGUUACUGGCGGUCGGCGAGUGGACCAGACAGGUGCCUAGGAGACCGAAAUUUCCACACGCCUGUCACAUAGGUCAACUGAUUGCAAUAGGAAAUAGAAAAAUGCACGACGUUCACUGGUUAAUGGCGAAAUCACCAUCGGAAAUUAACGAUUGGAUGACAGCCAUCAGCAAUACACUGCCGCCUCCUCCACACCUGCCUUUGGACGAUAAACGGUUAUCUUUUCCGUUACAACAGAAACAAGAUAUUCCUGUAUCCAAUAAACAAUGCUUGUGCAACGAGCCGGGGGCGAUCAGAAACGGCGCCGCGAAGCCUCAGAAGGACUUCGACGCCGAUCACACGGUGCUGGCCGGUGUCUGCAUCGAUUGGGGCCACGGUUGGGGCUGGGGCCGGAACGCCGUGCUGGCCCAACAGUCGUUCCUCUGCGGCCACGAGGCCUCCAUCGGCCAAGCGGCCGAUCUGGCGCCCGCCGUCGGCGCCGCCGUUUACUGUCAUUCGGCCGAGGAUUACACCGCCGCCGGCAUCGACGAGGUCGAUUGGUGCACCUUCGGGGAUUUCAGCUUUUAG